CCCCAGUGUUGAUCCAAACAGGGAAGAAGCUAGGCGCCACCCCAACCAGAAGAAGAAGAUUGAAAUAAUCGGAAGAGAGAAGGUCCAGAUCGCCGUUGUGCGGUCCGACAAUCGGACGGUCAUUAUUUAUUUGGUAAAGCCGCGUUCUUCCUGAUCUUCUUUAACACUCUAACAACAACAACAAAAAGGAGAGAAGAAUCGGAACCGACGAUGGAGUUUUGAGGGGAUUUGUUUUUGAUGCGAUCGGUUUGUGAUUUAUAUCUAGCAAAGGUUUUCGACAAUCAUCAAAUUUGGCGGAGGCGAUUGUUAUUUUUGAUUUGAUUUUUUGAAAGAAAAAAAGGUAUUGAAAACCCUAGAUUUUGAAUUUCUACGCUUUGUUUGUGGUUGUUUUUCCCAUCUUCAAAAAAAAUUAAAGCAGUGGAGUCCCCCAUCGGAUUCGGCUUUGGUCAGAUCUUAAAGAAUCUUAAUCAGAGGAUGAGCAGAUUUAGGGUUUUUUGGAAGAAUUCAUUGAAGAAACUUGUUGAAGAGAAGGCUAUUUCUUGUUCGGAUUCUUCUAGAUCAACCUUAGGCAUAGGCGGCAUUGAAUUGAUUAAACUUUUCUUCUUCACUGCCGGAGAUAUUUGUCCAUGAGGCUCUCGGCAUCGUUAGCUGCAGGAGCUUUUUGAAAAGGAGUUUUUAUUGCAUAAAAAUAGGCGUAACCAUUGCUCUGGUCCCAAUAAUAGGCUUCAAGAGCUAGGCUAUUUGUCUAAUCAACCUAGCUGUUUGGCAAAUCAAGAACUAGAGACAAUUUCUGGGAGCUGUCUUGCUGCGGCGAUAGAUUGAUUAGAUAGAAACUUUUAGGGUGUUUGUUUUUAUUAUCAGUUGCUAUGAUGAUGAUUGCUUGCCUAUGCGUUCUGACGUGUUUAUCUUCUCAUGAAUUUGGUAUUUCAUGUUUAUAUGAUUUGGAUCUAUGGGUUUUGGGUUAUAUUUUCUGAUUUAAGGAGCCUCGUGUGCUUGUUUGUGAAAAUCAAAACUCCAUAGCUGCAGAAAAGAGGUUUAGAACUAUUGAAGGGGAGAGUUUUGUUUGUCCUGUGAAGGGGGACUAGGAGAUCUUUGCUGAUGUUUUGGCCCAUGGUCAGACUGCGAGGCAGAUGGUUUUGACAUGAAGCAGCUUGGUUGCCAUGUCUUUUUAGGCAUAGAUUGAAACAACUGUAUAUCUGUUAUUACUGGAAGUAAUUAUGUGGAAAUAAUGCUUAGCAAAGUACACAGUUUGUUAAAUCUGUAGCUCUACCUCUUUUGAUGUUGAUACCUUUACUGUAUAUGUCUUGUUGUUCGCAAAAGAAUCCUGAUUCGAAGCAUUAGGAACAAACUUUAUCCAAAGUUAUAUUCUCAAUUGAGGGAAGUUUUCCUGGACUUCAAAACUGGUCAGGAUUAUCUGCCUCAAGGCAGUACGCGUUGAGGGCUUGAGUUUUAAAGUGAUCUCUAUAUAGCAAUCUGAUCUGUUAAAUAUCCGACAAUAUUGGAGGAACCCAUUUUACUAGCGGUAUUUGUACUUGCCCCAGGAGUUUCUCUUCUCCUCUGGUGUCAAGUAGGAAGCAAGAAGCCACGGCAUCCUGCAAGACUUGUCGUGGUAGACCAUUAGUUGAUGGGAUAGGGUCUGUGUCUGCAGGCAUGAUGAGCACAGUAGGUCUGGAACUUACAAGUUUUAUAAACCCUGACUUGACUUGGAAGACAGUGUCAAAGGGGAAUAGGAGUGGCACCAGGCGUACAAGGAAACUGGGUGCUAAAAACUUGACGAUGGGAAUGGGGCUAGCUGAUAAAAAUGCCAGAACAGCGGAGGAUGUUACAGUUUCUGAGUCUGAGAAGCUUGGUGUGGAUGUUUUAGGACGGCGCUUUGGUGACAAAGUAGAGCAGGUGCCAAUUAAGAAAAGAAGAUUUAUGUUCCGGUCUCCAUCACCUCCGCCACCACUGACCCCUUCGCUGCACCUUGAAGCCUCUGGACAGGAUGUAGAUUUUCAAUCUGCAUCAGGUAAAAAUUCUGGUUCAAAUUCAGCUCAGAGGCGACGGCUCAAGAAAACUGAUAUUUUGACCAAGUCAACUGUUGCUGUUGAUGAUGGGACGUUUUCAAAGGUAAUAAAUGAUGUCGAGGAUUUCUCAGGGAUUGAAAUACUUGCAGCUGCUGCUUGCAGUGAUAGUAUGGGAGAUGAUGUUACUGAAAAUGAGGGAAAUACAUUACUAGAAGCAUCAACACAAGAGAGAAUUGAGUCUUCAGCAUCAUUGGAGACAGCUUGUUGCUCCCCAAAAGAUUCGGUAAAUGAAGGUAAAACUGAGGGCUCAUCUUUCCAGGAUAAUUCUCCUGCUCCUUUACAUGAAUCUCUUGGAGAUAGGGAUAACACAACAGCGGAAAGGUCCAUCCCCUUGCCAGAUGAUAGGUUACUCUGGGAUUUAAAUCUUUCAAUGGAUGCUUGGCCUUGCGAUGGUGGGGAUAUUGAUUCUCAAAAGGAUGCUGUGGAUAAUACAUCUGUGAGAAGUGAAGAGCUGCAGACUAAGGAACCUCAAGAUAUCAAAAAUGAUACUAUGAACAGAGUGGUUUCAUCUGAUGUUGAUGGCAACGAUGAGGUUAACAAGAUGACUUCAGAUUUUAAAAUCCUGCCUGUUGGAACUGAUGAUUUGAGUGGAGAGAAACAGGAAUCUGAAGGAUGCUUUGGCUCCAGUGAGAACAAAACUGAACAUGUUCCGGUGCCGGUGGUUGAUGCUGAGAAUUCCUUGAUCUGUGCUGCUGCUGAGACAAAUGCCUCCACUGAGGCAGUAAACAUGGAUCAAUGCCUCAGUCAUUCUCCUCUUCCUGGAUUGGAUAAGAGCACAUCUGGGUCUGAGGGAAACCAAGAAACAUCAUUUUCAACUCAUAAUAUUGGGCUGAACACAGUAGGGUGUAUUUCUGAGGCAGAGGUGGGCAAAACUGUUUGUGUAGAAAAUGCUCAGGUAGAGGAGUCUGAUGUUGCUUCUCCCUACGUACCAGUUUUAGAGACGGUUGCUAAUGACAUUCAGAAAACCAGUGUUAAUGAAGAUGAUAAGGAUCAUGGAAUAGAUUCUGGCUUGCAAGAUGUGAAAAUUUUUGCUCAGGACCUGGAUAAUCCUCGACCUCUAGAAACCCCUGAAGAUGAGCAUGCAAAUGGGACAGAGGAGAUGGACAUAUGCCAUCCUUCACCAAAGUCUGAAGAUAUGUCCAUAUCGGAUGAUGAUGUUGUGGAGGCUAUGGAACGAACUGAUGGAGCUUCUUCAACGUAUACUGCUCAAACUGAUUCUGAUACUCAUGUUGGGUCGGAGGCAUUGUUGCAAAAGUCUUCCAGAAAUUUUGUUGCUACUACAGGAGCUGGUGAGUUUUCUGCUCAGGAGGCAUGUAGAAAUUAUGUUAAUGGUCCUACAAGCUACUUGGAUAAGGCCAACCUGAAUGAUCUUGCGAAUGAAAGCCAUGACUCUGCUGUUUCUCAAGAUAUGGUAUUGACAGUUGGCAUGGGAACCCACUCAGAAGUUCAGGCUGGUUAUGAUUCACAGUUUGAGGAUGGGGAGUUGAGGGAAACAGAUGUUCACUGUUGGGAGGAAGCUGAACAGGUGGACUAUGACACUGAAUUUGAGGAAGAAAGAUCAUUUGGCUUGGAAGCUGAGAGUGGUGAGAAGAAAUUAGAGGCAGAAAGAGGGUCAAGUCCUGAUGUAACUGGAAAUUUUAAAUAUUGUGAAACUGGAGAUGCUUUGAGGGAAAAUUCAGCGGGCUUAAAGAUGAGAACUGUGGAAGUGUCUGAUGGUGAAACAAAGAAAACCGAUUGCCUGGAUGGGUCUAAUGUCAGAGAUUAUGAUUUGAAGGUAGAUUUAUCUAAGGUAACGAAAAGGGAGUUGCUUUCCCGUGUUGAAGGAUCAUUAUCCUCUGAUGCUGUUCAUAGAAGCAGGUCUGACAAUUUUGAUGGUUCGUUUCCUCGAGCUGAGAGGGAGGCUGGUUCUGAUAAAUUCGUGGGGAGGGAUAGAUCUGCUUCACAUAUGCGUGGCAGAAGCCCAGGAGGUGGUCACUUUUUUAAUCCUUCAGCUAGUUAUUGGGAUUCUAAACGGCAGAAUUCACCUAUUUAUCAUAAUCCUUACAAUUUUGGGCGCCCCAGACCAAAAAGUGUUGUGGAGAGCCGUGGAUAUCCAAUGGCCACGGACCAAGCAUCUUCAGAAGCUACUGGUGUUGCAAGACCUGACAACCGCAUUAGCAGGCAAUUUAUAGGCUCCUCCAAUGGUUUGUAUAGACCUUUCGUUAGAAGGAGAUCACCAGUUGAAAGAGAUGAUUCCUAUGGUAUGCAUACAAGAAUGGCAACUGUAAGAGAUGCUAGUCCUGAUCGGACUAGGUUUAGAAGAUAUCAACAGGGGGUUAGUAGAGGCAUCAGAGAUGAAUAUCUCAGGCAUAUUCCUGAUGAUGGCACAGAAUAUUUUAGUCGCAUGCCACAUCGUCUAGGCAGGAGAGAAAGAAGCAUUUCCCCCCAUGGUAGACCUCAUUACACUUUACCUUACAAGAAAACUCGGUCAAGAUCAAGGAGCCGCUCUCCAAUUGGUUGGUUAUUGCCGAGGGAUCGAAAUGAGGGUUCAAGACGUCGCAGCAGGUCACCAGAUUUUAGGUCUGAUGCUAGAGUAGAUAGGGUGAGGUUGCCAUUUACAAAGCGUUUUGCAGCAGAUUAUGGAGAGGAGUUUAUUUCCCCACCAAGAAGUCGCAUUUCACCACAGCGAAAUUCCAGGAUGUUUGACGAUCGAAAUACUGGUUUAGACCAUUUUAGGGGCCGGAAAUCACCUGUGAGGAUGUUUCGGCAGGGCCAAAGGUUUGAUCAAGUGCGCCCAAUUCGGAGAUUGAAUUCAGAUGAUUACUUCAGACACAUGAUUCGCCCCAGAAGAUUUCCUGAUAUGGUUGGUGCUGGUAAAGGAUGUAAAUAUGAAGGCAGUGAUGAUGAUAAACAUGGCAGCAGAUAUGAGAUGAUUCAUCGAGUGAGGCGGUAUGAUACAGAUGGUGCAGUCCGGCGGUUUCGGUAUAAUGCAGAAGAUUCAUAUGUGGCUAAUAACUCUUUAACUGUGACUAAUGCACUUGGGGUCUCAUCUAGGAGGCCUGAUGAUGCACCUAGGACAGCUAGUGAAGAUAGGUCAUUUAAGAUGCAACAACCGUGAGAGGAUGUGGUUGGAAAGGGAGAU